AUGUCACUUCCCAAAGUACAAACAGAGUUUUCUGCACUAGGGGGUCUUACAGGUGGAGCAGAAAUUUCUGCCGAAUUCUGGGUGAUCCCUAAAAACUACCAGCAUGUCCUUGCUUUUGUUUUUGCCAUGAGUGAGAUCAAUAAAGAUGCCAAGUUAUUACCCAACAGCACACUGGGAGCCAAAAUCUAUGACAAUGCUUUCAAUGCAAUAAGGACUUACUGGAACACUCUGGAUCUGCUAUUCAGAGGACUGAGGAAUCCUUCUACUUACAAAUGUAACAGGAGAGAGGAACCCAUGGCUGCCCUUGGUGGGAUCAACUCCCAAACAUCCAUCCAGAUGGCCAACAUCUUAAAUAUCUUCAAGAUUCCACAGCUCAGCUAUGGCUCCUUUGAUCCAGUGCUGAGUGACAAAAUUCAGUUCCCUUCUUUCUACCAGAUGGUCCCAAAUGAAGAUCCUCAGUAUGUCGGGAUUGUUGGGCUGCUCAAGCAUUUUGGAUGGAACUGGAUUGGCCUCAUUGUUUCAGAGGUUGACAGCGGAGAAACUUUCCUUCAGACCCUCAGACCAAGGCUCCUGCAGAACACUAUCUGCAUUGCUUGGACUCAAGUGAUCCCAACAGUGACACCACAUUUACCAAAUAAGAUAAUCCAAGAAAAAUUGCUCCCAAUUAGUAAUACCCUCUUUUUGAGUGACAUCAAUGUGAUCCUUGUGUAUGGGGAUGGUCAGUCUGUGGAGGGUUUUCGAAUGGUUUUGUAUUCAGCUGAGUUCUUUAAAAAGCGCCCAUUGGAAAGAGUAUGGAUCAUAACUGCUCAAUGGGAUUUCACUGCUGUAUCCAAUGGGGCAAUGCUCACCACAAGGACUUUCAAUGGCACCUUGUCAUUUACAUUCCAUACAAAUCUGGUGCCAGGAUUUCAGGACUUUCUUGAGAGCAUCAAUCCAUUUCAGUCAACGAUUUAUUUCAUCCAGCAGUUCUGGAUUAGUGCGUUUCUCUGUUCGCUCCCACAAUAUAAACUUUAUGUGCCAAACAAGGAAAGCUGCACUGGGGAGGAGAAGCUGGGAAGAGUCCCUGGACCUUGGUUUGAAAUGGGGAUGUCUGGCCAGAGUUACAGUAUCUACAAUGCUGUUUAUGCUGUAGCACAUGCUCUCCAUGCCAUGGAUUCAUCGAGAGCCCUGAAGAGGGCAAUGGGAGAUGGGGGGAAGUGGAGCCUCCUGAACGUUCAGCCGUGGCAGCUUCACUCUUUUCUCAGGAACAUCAGAUUUAACAAUAGUGCAAAGGAAGAAAUAUCCUUCGAUGAGAAGUGGGACCUUGCAAGUGGAUUUGAUAUCAUCAACCUGGUCACAUUUCCCAACCAAUCCUUCCAGAGAGUCCGAGUUGGAGAGAUGGACCCUCAAGCUCCUGCAGGCAAAGAGUUCAAAAUCAAUGCAAGUGCUGUUACAUGGAACCCCAAGUUUAAGCAGUUGGUUGUGAGAAUUAGGUCCAGUAAGCCCCAGUCCUCAACACCCCCUGAAAAGAUAGAGCAAGUGAAUGCAGACCAAUGUGAGAAGUGCCCAGAAGAUCAGUAUCCAAACAAGAACCAGGAUCAGUGUAUUCCUAAAGACAUAAGUUACUUAUCCUAUGAGGAGCCUUUGGGGGCAGUUCUUGUUUCCUCGGCUCUUUUCCUUUCUGUAAUCACAGCUGUGGUGUCGUGGAGCUUCAUUCAACAUCAAAAUACUCCCAUCGUCAAAGCCAACAACUGGAGCAUCACGUGUGCCCUGCUCUGCUCUCUGCUGCUCUGCUUCCUCUGCUCCUUCUUGUUCAUUGGGAGGCCUGGGAUGGUGACCUGCCUUCUGAGGCAAACUGUGUUUGGCAUCGUCUUCUCCAUUGCAGUUUCUUGUGUGUUGGCCAAAACCAUCACUGUGGUUUUGGCCUUCAUGGCCACAAAGCCCGGAAACAGAAUGAGAAAAUGGGUUGGGAAGAGGCUGGCUUUAUCAGUCAUCAUUCUCCCUUCUCUUAUUCAAGCUGGUAUCUGUGCAGUGUGGUUGGUAAUCUCUCCCCCCUUCCCAGAGUUUGACAUGCACUCCCACAUUGGGCAGAUUGUAGUGCAAUGCAACGAAGGCCCAGUCAUCAUGUUCUACCUUGUCCUGGGCUACAUCAGUUUUCUUGCUAUCUUCAGCUUCACUGUGGCUUUCUUUGCCAGAAAGUUGCCCGAUACUUUCAAUGAAGCCAAGCUGAUCACCUUCAGCAUGUUGGUCUUCUGUAGUGUUUGGGUGUCCUUUGUGCCCACCUACCUAAGCACCAAGGGGAAAUACAUGGUGGCCGUGGAGAUCUUCUCCAUCUUGGCCUCUAGUGCUGGCUUAUUAGGUUGUAUCUUUCUUCCCAAAUGCUACAUUAUUAUAUUUCAACCUGAGUUAAACACUAGGCAGCAGUUGGUGAGGAAAAAGAAUGAACAGCUUUGA